AUGCCACUACAACAAGUCAGCAGAGUUGGUGGACCCAACAAGUGCUUUGGACAAUUCCAAAAGGCAAUCGAGUGUAUGACCAACCCGAAGACCAAAAGUAAUGAUGAGUGUGCAAACUUCAAGAGUGACUUCAUAGAGUGUAGAAGGCACAGACUAGAGACUUAUAAGAUGUCCAUUAUACAGGAUCAUCUAGAUAAGGUUAGGCCGGAUUUGUCUAAGGAGGAGAUUGGUGCACCAUACGUGAAAAAGAGAGAUUUUCUCACGCCCAAAACUUUGGGAUUGGUUGAUGGUGAUGAUCAUGCUGUUGCAGCAAGGAAGUUUUGA